AUGUCUACUGAUAGCUCCCCCAAGAAAGUGGGGGAUCCAUUCUCCCUCACCACCUCCCCGUUCCAUUGGAACUCUCAUUCCAUUGUUCUAAUGGAGCGGAGCUGUGACUUUUUCCAUGGCAAAUCCCUAGACCUAAACACUGUCACAUGGGGGAAAGGAGUGACAUCAUCCACCGUCAUCCAACAUGGGGGCUUACCACAACAAUUAAACGUCACUCAUCGUGAUCAGCAUUUUUGUUUGGAAAUUUUGCAGACCUCACUGAUGACCUUUUAUGGUGGUUUAUCUGUACCAGAUAAACUUCAUGAGGAAAUUGAUCGGGUGAUUGGACGAGACAGAAUUGUAAACAUGGACGACAAGCUCAGUAUGCCAUAUACACAAGCUUUAAUCCAUGAGGUGCAAAGAUUUUGUGACAUUGCUCCCUUCAAUGUGCCACAUAUGGUGACAAAAGACACAAUGUUUAGAGGCUUUUAUAUUCCCAAGGGCACAGACGUCUACACUCUGCUAUGGACUGUUCACCGUGACCCCACACAGUUCACUACUCCAUAUAAGUUUAAUCCCAACCACUUUCUGGAUGAAAAUGGCAAAUUAAAAAAGAAUGACGCCUAUAUGGCUUUCUCUAUAGGAAAGAGGAGCUGUCCCGGAGAAAAUUUGGCCCGAAUGGAACUAUCUAUCUUCCUCGUCACCAUCCUGCAGAACUUCACACUGACUUCUAAGAUGGAACUAUCUGAAGCUGACUUGGCUCCUAAGUUGAAAGGGUUCCUAAAUGUCCCCAUACUGUAUGAGCUGUCAUGUGUCCCUUGCUAGAUCUACUGGACUU